AUGGAUGGUACAGACAGUGGUUCAGUGCCUGUGAAUGCAUAUCCUGGUGGUGAAGUCAUGGGAUUGUCAUCGCAUGUGAGCAAUGGAGCUGGGGAAGAUAGACAAAUCAGUGCAAUGGGCUUGGCGCCUAGAACUGAUACAGUGGGUGCGGCAGACAUGGAAGUGCCUCGGACAUCGGCGUCUGGGCAUGUGGAUGGAGCAUGCCUGCAACCUUCACCCCUUCCAUCUCCAGUAUCAGCAACGAAUGCCCUUCAAAGGACCGCGGAAGCUGCUCGUGUGAGUCGAGCUGCAAUGUGGUUUUCAAGAUUGGGCGAAUUUUUCCAGCAGCGACGUGUGGAGGUGCAUACGGCUUGGAGCCCGAUGCAAGAGAACCCUUGGCUGAGGCCUCGUACCACUGGGUACAACAACAGCAGUGGCCACGCUGAGGGACAAGCAAUUUUCCAGCCCCCGACCCCACCAUCGUCAGGGUCGGCAGGGGUUCCUCAAGAGUUGGUUCAGGCUGAAGUGGCAAAACCGCUGGAUGGUGCAAUGAGCGAGCUUUACAGUGGCAUGAUGGGGAAAAUUCAAGACGAGCGACGAAGAACUGAAGAGGCGAUGGACGAGGCAAGACAGUUGAGACAUCAGCUGGAAAGGAUGGAAGAGCGGAUGGCGGCGAGGUCUAUGGCGACGAUGGCGAAAGCUCAACAAGGAGUUCCACAGAACCAUCCUACACCUGGUCCACCGCCAGGGAUUACGUCCAAUGCAGGUGGUAUGCUGCAACAAUUUCAGGAUUACACUGCGGGUGAUCGACAGUCGCUUUCUGCAGCACCACUUCUUUUACCUGGUGUGUCUUCAGUAAGACCUAAUGUGGCGGAAGCUCAACCAGGAGGAUUAUUUGGUCUUGGCGCUCCUCGUUCUCCAUCCCCUGAACCUGCUAAUCAGCAGCAGUCGCAACAGAAGGAUUCUGCCCAACAACCAGGACGGGUACCGGGAUCCUCCAAUGAUCAGGUGCUGACAGCAAUGGCUCGUGGCAUUGAGUCGCCACUUCAGAACCAGCACAACAAGAGUGAGAGGCCAGAGACAGUUAAGCCGGGGAUUUCUGAGCUACCACAACUUCCGGCUUACACCCCGACUACUGGAAGCAUAGAUCUUCUGAACUGGCUUACACACAUCACCCCGAUCAUGGAGGACCUUAGCGACACCUCUAGCCAUUGGUGGACGAUGACUCUGAAGGACGUUUCUGAGUGGUAUGCACGUUUCUCUGUUUCCACUCCUUUGGAGAAGGUCCGUUUGAGGCCUGUGGUGUCAACAAUGGGAAAACCUGAAUGGAGCAGGGUGAAGCGAAGGGCAACUGCGAUGGUUCUGGGCGCUAUUCCAGCCCAGGUGAAGGAGGAGGCCAUUGCAACGGGUGAUGUGCAUACCGUGGGCCUCUUGUGCAAGUUGUUUGCCACCUAUCAGCCGGGCAACCGGCAGGAGAAAACCUUAGUGUUGACGAGCCUGGAACAUCCUCAGGAGUGUGAGACGGCAUUGGAGGCGGUGGAUGCCCUGAGGAAAUGGUCUCUCUGGCGAAGACGGGCCCAGGCGAUUGGAAUUGCGGAGCCGGAUCCUUCGGUCUUGUUGCAGGGCUUGGAUAGGAUCACAGCUGUGGUGGUAAAGUCAGAUCCGGAGCUGUCUUUCAGAGUGAGUUUGGUGAGGAGCAACCUGCAGGUGGAUGUGUGUCCUACUCCCAGCAGUAUAACAUCGUUCUCCCAACACUUGCAAGCGGAAAUGGAGCAGCAGGCAAGACUGGGUGUGAGCAGGAACAAUGAUACGGCGCCGAGGUUGAAGGCUUUGGUGGCACCCUCGGAGGCAGCGUCAUCGACUACCCCAUAUAAUCCUGCGACUCCUACCUCUCCUACUCCAAAGGGUGUUUGCAAGUUCUUUGCUGGUGACAAGGGAUGCCAGAGAGGGAAUACGUGUCGCUAUCCCCAUACAUGGACGAGCCUGGAGAAGGGCGAAAGAGCUCGUCGAUGCCUGGCCUGUGGAUCAACCACCCACAAAGUUCGAGAGUGUCGGGCACCUGGCGGAGGUUCUGCAAAAGGAAAGGGAAAAGGGGAAAAGGGCGAGGUAACAUCUGCUACGGCUCCUACCACCUCUACGUCAGCGGCUACUCCCAGAAAGGUCUCAAUUGAGGAGAAACCAGAGGUGUUCGUGAAGGUCAUGAAGUUGUGGGAUGAGAUCAAGAACAUGGGGGUGAUAAAGCCCACCUUGAGGACCCUGUUUGGAGGUGAUGGCCAGUGGAUUUCCCCAACGCAGUCACCGAGGGCAGCGCUAAUGGACUCUGGAGCCACACAUGCUUUACGACCCCCUCUGGACCAAAUGGAAUGGGAGCAAGCUUCACAGGUGAAUGUCACCCAGAUGAUCGUUCCAAUGGGAAAGGUGAUCUCGAGACUUGGCUACCGACUUCAUUGGACACCAUCAUGCUGUGAACUGUUGGAUGAUGAUGGGGGAAGUAUACCACUCAAAGUUGUGGAUGGAUGCCCGGAGGUUGAUCCAGCGACCGCCCACAUCCUGAUCUCCAAGCUCGAGGCUUCGCAACUUCCAUCACUGAAGGAGGCCACGAUGGAGUCACUGAAUGUCCUCAACCAGGUGACGACAAGUUGGCGGGCAUGUCUUUGUGAGUAUGUUAGCACUGGGGAAAUCAUGGCGGGGCGUGAGGCUCUUUCAAAGGCUCCAUUCUUCCGAGAUGCCGAGGAACUGCAGGUGGAGCUCUUGAUUCGACACCCAAGGGAAAGUGCCUGGGAUUGCAUGAAGGAGAUCGCUUUGAAUCGUCGUACCCGGAAGAGGCUACUCCGUGCUGCGACAUGGGUGGUUCGGUGGGAUCCACCGGGAUAUUAUCGUCCGAGCGAUGCUCUGAUUCAGCUGGGGCGUUUGACUGAUGUGGUCUAUGUGAACGUGUGGAAAGUCUUGGUUUGGGCAGCAAUCAAUGGUCGCAUUGGGGCGCUCCUUUCGCAUGAUGUUGCCGCUACCCCCGCUGAGUUUGCUGUGUAUGAGAAGCAUCGCAACCGCUUUCAGUUCCUGCAUGCUUUGGCGGCUGCUGGUCAAGCGCAACGGGGUGGUUGCAUACCCAAGUUUCUGGUGGAACGGAGGAAAUUCAGGACGGCCGAUGAUCCUGGAAUUGCCUGGGCGGAUGAUGGGCAUGCACAGCUGUACUUGGAUGAAAUGGGAAUCCACAACCCCACGGUCGCGGAGGAUGAAAUCAUGGAAGUGGUGAGUGGUCUGUUUGGUGUGUUUCGCACCGAUGGAAGUGGUCGUAUCAAGCUAUCCCGGAUGUCGGCCGAUGCUGCUUGGCGACUUCAUGUCAUGAGGAACCACCAGCCGUUCAGGAGGGACUGUGCCAUUUGCGUGAGAAAUGCAGCUACGGGAAGGAGGCAUAGAAGUACACUCCACCCGUCAGGGUAUGUCCUGAGUGUGGAUGUUGCUGGACCUCUUCGUGGACAUGGGCGAUCUCCUGACGGAAAGUUCUUCAAGUACUUUGCGGAUGGAGUAGAAGUUCACCGUGAAGUCCGAGGCCACCCCAUACCUGAUGAUUGGAAUGAAGAGGAACCCGAAGAAACGCUAUCGGAUGACGAGGUCGAGGUUCCAGAGGAAGAGGAGGAGGUGGAGUUGCCUCCAGUGGGGGAGGAAAGACGAGCCAAAGAAGAAUGGGAAAAGCUUAAAGCCACCUUCAAGGAGCCCCUGGAGACCGAGACCCUGUACUACUGCGUGCCAGUACGAAACAAGAAGGCUGCCACUAUGUUGCCUGCAAUUCAGCAGAUGGUGGUGGAUAUCAAGGCGUUGGGAUACCCGGUAGUGAGAGUUCAUGCAGAUCGAGGAGGAGAAUUUCGUGGCAACUUGGUGAGGAAGUGGAUCCUGUCACAAGGAAUGUUGCCAACUACCUCCACGGGUUCGGAACCGGCCGAGAAUGGAGUGGCUGAAGCAGGAGUUCGUUUCCUGAAAAGGCGAGCGAGAAUAUUGCUUGAUGCUGCAGGGCUUCCACGCGAACAUUGGCCUACAGCAAUCCAAACGGCGGCUGCUCAACAGCGGUGUGAGAGGCUGGGUUUGGUGCCCCCCAUGCCGGUGGCGUAUGGAGCGAAGGUGUAUGUGAAGAUCAAGAAGUACAAAACGGGCGACAUCGAGGACUUGGGUCCGCAUUGGCUUCAAGGAAAGUAUCUGGGGCCAGCCACUGAUAUCAGGGGUGGUCAUGUGAUCUUGAAGUCGACGGGCACCUUCAUUCAAACCACUCAUGUGAGGGUGGCCAGGGAUCCGCCUCCUUUGGAUACAGUGGCACCGACUAUCUUGGCCUACUCCUACGCGGCGCACGCACAGCCGCAGUUACAGGCCUACUCCUACGCGGCGCGUGCGCAGCCGCAGUUACAGGUCUACUCCUACGCGGCGAACGCGCAGCCGCACUUACAGGCCUAUUCCUACGCGGCGCAGGAGCAGCCGCACUAG